AUGGAAUUGCUCAGGAACGCAGUUGAGGGACUCGAUGUCAAGAUAUCACAGUCAACAUUUGGUAGAGUGUUUCGACUCGAUGGAUCUGGCCAUCCGAAAGAGCGAAAGGGCUCGAAGUUUGUCACCGAGAUCCGCGCAGGAUUCACAACCUUUUUCACUAUGGCAUAUAUAAUUGCUGUCAAUUCGUCCAUUCUACAAGAUUCCGGCGCAACAUGCGUUUGCAACGAUACUGGUGACCCAGCAUGUUCCACUGACCCUAACUAUGCCGCAUGUUUGGUUGCCAUCAAUCGUGAUUUAAUAACUGCAACUGCGGCGAUCGCUGGUGUUGGGUCCCUCGCAUUUGGUUUCUUCACUAACCUUCCGGUUGCUCUUGCUCCUGGAAUGGGUCUUAAUGCCUAUUUUACGUACCAAGUCGUUGGCUACCACGGAACCGGACCUGUACCAUAUCGAUUGGCACUCACCGCUGUUUUUGUUGAAGGAUUCAUCUUCAUCUUCCUUUCCUUAAUUGGCAUGCGUCAGUGGCUAGUCAGGAUAAUACCGGCUUCUAUCAAAGUUGCAAGUGGUGUUGGUAUCGGACUCUUCCUCACAGAGAUUGGAAUGUCAUACUCAGCAGGUAUUGGACUGAUUACAGGAUCAAAUGAUACUCCAACUGAUAUUGGCGGAUGUCCUGCACAAUACCUGAACGUCAAUACUGGCGCCUGCGACAGUCACAAGAUGCAGAAUCCUGCGAUGUGGAUUGGAAUAUUAUGCGGGGGAGUUGUGACAGCUUAUCUGAUGUCAUACAAAGUCAAGUUCGCCAUCAUAAUAGGCAUAUCAAUCGUCUCUGUUCUUUCCUGGCCUCGCGACACGUCAUUCACCUACUUCCCACACACCCCCUUAGGCGACUCCAUGUUCGACUUCUUCAAGAAGAUCAUUUCAUUUCAUCCCAUCCAACACAUCCUGGUAGUUCAAGACUGGAACAUCGCCGCCGCAGGCCGGCACUUUGCGCUGGCUCUUUUCACUUUUCUAUACGUUGACAUUGUCGAUGCCUCCGCAACUCUGUACUCCAUGGCGCAUUUCUCUGGGGUCGUCGAUCCCGAAACCGGGGAUUUCCCCAGAUCCACUCUGGCGUAUUGUUGCGACGCCAUCACGAUCUCCAUUGGGUCUCUCUUCGGUUGUUCUCCGGUAACAGCAUUCAUCGAGUCCGGAUCUGGGAUUACUGAUGGUGGCCGCACUGGACUCACAGCUAUGACUACUGGUGUCUGUUUCCUAAUAUCUAUCUUCUUCGCUCCAAUCUUUGCAUCCAUCCCUCCCUGGGCUACUGGCUGCACCCUCAUUCUAGUGGGCUGUAUGAUGAUGCGGCAAGUCACCACCGUGAACUGGGCGUAUAUUGGCGACGCCCUUCCUGCGUUCGUGACGAUUGCUUGUAUGCCUUUGACUUAUUCUGUCGCGUAUGGGCUCAUUGCAGGUCUCUUCACAUACACUGUUCUCAAUAGUCUUAUUUAUAUCACGCGGAUAGUGUCGAGGGGAAGUAUCCGACCUCCAGAUGGAGAUAAUGCAGAAUAUUGGACUAUCAACCCGGGAGGGACUCCUCCUUGGUUUAUUAGAGUGGCGCACUGGAAGAGGUGGAGGAAUGGCAUGGGCGCUAUGGAGAUCGGGAGUGUGCGAUCAAGUGUCGAGUUAGCGGCGAAGGAUUCGAGGAGAGAGAUGACUCAUGGGGCAAUGUAA